GCCGGAAGCGGUCAGCGCGGCGCACACGUGGGGACGCGGGAGCGGGGCCCGGCACGGCCCGGCCCGGCCAUGGAGCUGCUGCCCCGCAGCCCCGCCGAGUUCAGCUCCGCACGCUACUGGGAUCGCUUCUUCCGCCAGCGCGGGCAGCGGCCCUUCGAGUGGUACGGGGCCUUCCCGGAGCUCUGCCCCGUUCUGCACAAGUAUGUGCGGCCCCGCGACAAGGUUCUCGUGGUGGGCUGUGGGAACUCGGAGCUCAGCGAGCAGAUGUACGACGUGGGCAUGUGCCAGGACAUCGUCAACAUCGACCUCAGCGCCGCCGCCGUGCGCCAGAUGCGGGAGCGCAGCGCCAGCACCCGGCCCGGCAUGAGCUACCUGCUGAUGGACAUGCUCCACAUGGACUUCCCUGAUGCCCACUUCCAAGUGGUCCUGGACAAAGGCACGCUGGAUGCCCUGCUGAGCGAUGAGGAGGAGGCCACUUUAGCCAAGGCGGAGCAGAUGUUUGCUGAGAUCAGCCGGGUGCUGCAGGUGGGAGGGCGCUACCUCUGCGUCUCCUUGGCUCAAGCCCACGUGCUGAAGAAAGCUGUGGAAUAUUUCUCCCAGGAAGGGUGGGUGGUGCGUGUCCACCAGGUGGGCAGCAGUGGGGACAAGCAGCAGUUUGUGCUGCCUGUCUUUGUGUAUGUGAUGACAAAGUUCAGGAAGGUGCCUGGCUCGGCAGCAGGGAUCCUGGAGAUCUGCCCCGAGGAGCAGGACAGGCCGCUGCGGGUGGAGAGCGCGGAGCGGCUGCUGGCAGCGGUGAAGGACAGGCAGCACUAUGCCCUGCUCUGCAGCCAGAUCAGCAAAACCCCCUGCAGGGAGCAGGUUUCCUUGGAUCUGUGUGACAGAGAGAGCGGGAAGCCUCGCUACACGCUGCACGUGGUGGACAGCCCCUCGGUGAAACCUUCCCGGGACAAUCACUUUGCCAUCUUCAUCAUCCCGCAGGGCAGGGAGACCGAGUGGCUCUUUGGGACGGAGGAGGGGCGGCGGCAGCUGGCGGCCAGCGCGGGCUUCGGGCGCCUGCUGACGGUGGCGCUGCACAGGGAGCAGCUCUACGAGGGCAUGGCCGCCAUCCAGGCUGAGCUCUCGGGGAAGGUGAUGGAGCUGGCCCCGCCGGGCCUCCCUGCCCGGCAGCAGGUGCCCUUCCUGUCCGUGGGAGGGGACAUUGGGGUGCGGGCGGUGCGGCACCGUGGCAGCAGCGCCCUGAGCGGGGACUUCGUGGUGGAGGACGUGAAGGGAGAUGGCAGCUGCUUCUUCCGCCGCCUCAUCUUCCUCCAGAACAGGAACGUGGUGCAGUCUGAGGCUCGGCUCUUGGCCCCCACACCUCUCCCAGGCCAGAAGAAGAGGAGGAAGGACAAGAAGAAACCCAGCCCCUCUGAGCCCCCUGGAGCCAUUGACAAGAGCUACCUGUGCUGUGAGCACCACAAGGCCAUGGUUGCGGGGCUCUGCCUGCUGGGGGGCCCCGACGCCCUCCCAGGAGAGCUGGCAGUGCUGGUGGUGGGGCUCGGCGGGGGCAGCCUGCCCCUCUUUGUCCACGAUUACUUCUCUCAGGCCCGCGUGGCCGUGGUGGAGAUCGACCCCUCCAUGCUGGAAGUGGCCACGCGCUGGUUUGGGUUCUGCCAGGGCGAGCGCAUGCAGGUGCACGUCUGCGAUGGCCUGGACUACGUGGCCAAGCUGGCAGCUGAAGGACCCACCCAGUAUGAUGCCAUCAUGUUUGAUGUGGACAGCAAAGACCUCACGGUGGGGAUGAGCUGCCCACCCCCAGCCUUUGUGGAGGAGCCCUUUCUGCAGAAAGUUAAAACCAUCCUCAAGCCAGAAGGAGUCUUCGUGCUCAACCUGGUGUGCCGCGAUUCCCGGCUGAAGGAGUCGGUGCUGGGUGCCCUCAGGGCCGUGUUCCCGCUGCUCUACGCUCGCCGCAUCCAGGGCGAGGUGAACGAGAUCCUGCUGUGCCAGGCGGGCCCCGUGGAACGGCGCAGCCCCACAGAGCUGGGGGCACGGGCACGGGCACUGGAGGGAGCCCUGCGCCAGCCCGGCCGGCCCUGGGACAGCUCCUAUGUGCUGGCAGACAUGCUGCAGGCCGUGCUCGUCCUCUGAGGGGGCUCUGCAGGCCGUGCUCGUCCUCUGAGGGGGUUCUGCUG